AUACAUUUAAAUCGUCUCAGAACUCGAGACAAACGAGUUCUUAGUAAUUAUAAUUACAUCGUUCUGUAAGGUCGGUACUGAAGACGAGCUGAGCCUCGGACAUAGUGCUCUCGUAAUAGAAGUCUAAGUGCAGACAUUUCGACUCGGACAUUAACAGAAGAAAAAGUUGCAAGAUAAUGUCCCUGUUAUAAUAUAAAUAUUGAGUUCAGUUCCGAGUUACUGCGAGCCAUGGCCUGCGGGCUGAGGGCUGCGGGCUGCGGGCCGCGAGCUGCGAGUGCCGUCUCCCCCGUCGCACGCUCUCCUUACUCCACCAGUCAGCAAUCGGCACUCAGCAGUCAGUGUCUGCCGAGCUCCCGGAGUGAGAGGUCGCGCCGUCCGUUCCACGAGGCCAUACACACGUGCUUACGUUUUCGUCGGACGAAUAUGUUUUAUUAUUACAAGCCGCUAGUGAACUACAGUUUUGUUCGAGUAAAAAAUCUUUGAAUCGGGCAAAAAUUUAAUCGAGUGAAUUAUUAGUAAUCGUAAAAUGCAGUGUCUGUGGCGCGACACAGUCCGGUGAACAGUAGUGUCGGUGGAAGAUGUCCGCGGCGGCGCUGCUCCUGUUCGGUUGGUGGUGGGUGACCGCGGGCGGAGUGCGGCUAGCGCCAACGGACGUGCCGCGAUGCUGUCCGCCGGAGCAAGCGUUGUCUUCGGACUCUUUGAGGGCGGACCUGUUGCCGGCCGCGACCGUGAACGACGCUUGCGUGUCGGUGACCGAGGCCCGACCUUGGGCUCCGCUGGUGUACGCGCCGACUCGUAACAAUUUCUUGAAACGGGGUCAGCUGCCAGCUCACUGGCGGAUCGCGUAUUCACGAGUACCCUCCUGCCCCGAGUUGCGAGUCCUUCCCGAACACGCCGCGCCAUACGCGCUGUUGGCUAACAAUGGCUCGCUCCUGAUGCGAGGGGCGACGAGUGCGCUCUCUCCCGAUCGUUUCUGUGCCGACGCAGUGGCUGCCCUGGUCUGCGUCGAAGACGCCGGCGGCCGAGGACCUUCCAAGUGCUGUGCCGAAGGACGGGCUUUUGAUGGCUCCCGUUGCGUGGAAGAUGAGACUCGAGCGGCCGAGGCUCUGCACGAAUUGCGUGAGCUCGCGAACGGUAGCGCCGUCGGCGUCGGCUGGCCAUCCUGUACGGAAGGCUCUACGUAUGCGGUGGCAGGAAUAUUGAGCGGAGCGAGAUUACUCGACGGCGGGACGCUUCAGUUGAACUCGGAGAGCUCCACGUUAGAAGCGGGUGCAUGGUGCGCGGAAGCCGUUGCCGGGGAGACCGGCACGAGGGUGCUGGCUUGCGAGGAGGAAGCUCGCUCGGCGCGACCAGCGCAGACUGCCCGUCACGCACUUUACGGAGCGGGACUGGCCGUGGGGGCGGCCUUCUUGGCGGCCACGCUGGCGGCCGGCUUCGCGUUGCCCGCUGCCCACCACGCUCUGCACUGGCGCUGUCAGACACACUACGUAGCCGCCCUGAUGCUGGGCGAUGUUCUUCUGGCCGCCACCCAGCUGGCCGGAGACAGAGUGCCUCCCCCGCUGUGCCGAGCGCUCGCUGUGUGUAUGCACUUCCUCUUCCUGUCUGCAUUUUUCUGGUUGAACACUAUGUGCUUUAACAUUUGGUGGACGUUCCGGGACUUCCGUCCUACAUCUCUAGAGCGCGGCCAGGAGGCGUGUCGGCUCCGCGUGUACAUGGUGUACGCGUGGGGAGGCCCGCUAGCCGUGUCCGGGGCCGCGGCCUUAUUGGACCGGCUGCCCCCUGGCACGGCCCCCGGCCUGCUCCGUCCCCGGUUCGCAGUGCAGCGCUGCUGGUUCUACGGCGACAUGGAGAUCCUCGUGUACUUCUUCGGCCCGGUCGGAGUUCUGCUGCUGGUGAAUCUCGCCCUCUUCAUAUCAACCACCCGCCAGCUCACGUGCGGUCUGUGGCGGCGCGACGAGGUCAAGUCCACAUCCGAGAGGGCGGCGUUGGGUCGCGUGUGCGCCAAGCUGGUGGUGGUGAUGGGUGUGACGUGGGGAGCGGACGUGGUGUCUUGGGCGGCGGGGGGCCCGGAGUACGUCUGGUACGCCACGGACCUACUGAAUGCCCUGCAAGGUGUGUUCAUCUUCCUGGUGGUCGGUUGUCAGCCUCACGCCUGGGCGGCACUGAAGCGCGCUGCCGCGGCGCUCUGUGCCCGGGCGCCGGGGGCACAGGCGCAUUCGUCUUCCCACCUGCCAUCUUGCGGAGAGUCCCUGACACACACGACGGCGGCCCCGGCCCCGGCCGCACCCCCGGCCUCCGCCAUAGCCCCCGCCCGUGUUCCCAUGGAGACCGUGUGCUGAGCGGGCAUUGUAUCUUUAAUACACAGUAUUAUUUUUGUACUCUAGUUAACGACUACGUCUGUAUGAUGUAUCCGACACACUCUGUAUAUAUAGAUGUAUGUGAGCGAGGUCGAGCCCGCGCCGGAGCCCGAGCCGGAGCCCGAGCCGGAGCCUGAGCCGGCGCCCGAGCCUCUGCACUCGUGUGUACGUUGUACGUGUUUGUAUAUGUAUGUGUUAAUUUAUACGAUAAACUGUAUUGACGAAUCGUCAUCGGUGAACGUCUUGCCGUUCUCUUGGCUGUUGAAAUAUAAAUCAUUAUAAAA